AUGGCGCCCCUCGCACGGCCCAUGCAACGCCAAGACGCCACCACCACGCAACGCGCGCGAGCGAGGACGGACGACCGGUCGACCAUGCCGCGCCGCCGCCUCGCCGCGGCGACCGUGGCAGCGAUCGUCGCCGUCGUCCUCCUCCUCGGCAUGGCUCCGGCGGCUUCGGCGUACCGCGACCACGCCCGCGCCGAGGCCUACUACGCGUCCGUGGAGAACCGCCUCCCGGCCGCGGCCGGCAUGGAGCUGGUCUGCCGCGCCAUCGGCGCCGGCUUCGACGUGGCCACCGAGUUCAGCGUGGUCCCCCGCGGCCGCGUGCCCCGCGGCGGGCGCCGCGUCGCCGAGAUCCUCAUCGACCCCGGCCGCGUCUCCUGGGUGCUCUGCAGCUGGGCCUACGAGGGGAACUACCUCUCCAACCUGCAGCUGUUCGACACGCAGUGGCCGGAGGCGGCGCAGUGCCAGGACCCCGCCGCCGCCGGCGGCGCCAUGUGCCGCGUCGUGUUCGAGGACGGCGCGGUCUCCGUCGAGACGCCCGACGGCGCGCGGCGGGUGCUCGGCGACCUGCCGGUGAAGCGGUGCCGCCGCCACUGGGUGCUCUUCAGCUCCGGCUGCUCGUACCCCGACCACCCCAACCCCUUCGCCGGCCGCCUCCUCCGCAACGCCCUCGAGUUCUUCGCCGUCUGAAACCCCAUCGAUCCACGGACGUCUAAUCAGUUUUUUUCUUGUAAUUUCUGAUUAGUUGUUUGUUAGGUUCAAUUCAGAUCAGGAGAGUCUCUCUCAGGUGUUGCUGUUAAUUUGUCAGAUUAAUCAACCAAAUCAUAUGGGUCUUUGUGCC